CGAUACCCGGGCUCAGCGAUACCUGGUUCGCACCCAAUAAAAAGGUGCUAUGGUCUCGUUUUGACGGCACCUAAAUCCGCGAAUCGACGAGCCACGGAGCCAAGAGAAGAUAACUUGUAGGGGAACUAACCAAAGGGGCCACUCACGUUUUCACCUUCCUUAGUGCGGACUUACUUAACGUUUGAUUAGAAAAUUCUAGCAGGAUCUUCAUCACAGGGAUAACUAUCUGCAUCAAUUGGCUGCAAGAUGCGUCUGCUUGUCGUAUUUCUUCUACUCGCCACGCUCUCCCAUGAAACCAACAGCCAGCAAAAGACCAAACGAUCGAAACGCAACCACUCGACCUGUCAGCAGAAGUCCAUGGUCCGGUACAAGAUGACGGUGUAUACCUUAUGGAGUAACAUCACGUUCCCAAAGAUGUACCCGGUGUUCAGGCCACGCGCACAGUGGUCGACCUUAGUGGGACGGUCCCACGGCACAGGAUACGAGAUGUGGGCAGAGGGCAAGAACGCUUCCUCGGGCGUUCGCCUCUUUGCCGAGCAGGGUGACCCAGACCUUCUGGAGAUGGAAGCCACCCAAGGGUACGGCCAGGUCUUUGACGCCUUCACGGGUCCCCCUGUACAGGAGGGGGAGGGCUGGACAUCGUCGGUGGUCUUCGUUGAUGGUGACCACUCCAAAGUCUCCUUCAUGAUGAAGAUAAUUCCCAGCCCCGAUUGGUUCGUGGGCUUGAGUAACCUUGACCUUUGUGAGAAUGGCCGGUGGAAAGAUUUUGUGAAAGUCAACCUUCACCCAAUGGACAGCGGUACGGACAGGGGCUUGACCUUCACAUCGCCCAACUGGCCCAGUGACCCGAGGGAACCCAUCACCCAGAUCACAGCCAGCAGUCCUGACCACCCCGCCAGCUCUUUCUUCUAUCCGGAGUAUUCGGUACUGCCAGACAUUGGCUACGUUGAGCUAGAAAAGGCUACCGAGUACAGAUUGCGGAAAUCGUUCGCAGAACUACCCCAGAAUGUCUCAGCAAGCAGCAGAACCACCCCCAGGCCAACCACCACAACCACAACCCCUACCACCAUAGCUAACUCGGGUGAGAUGCAGUCUGCGCAUGUCAAACUUCAGCCAUUUUCCCCCAAAGAAUUGGACCGAAACACACUCAAGAUUUCCUUUUCUGGUUCCGAAUCUUUGUCCAGCGGGGUGUCUGGGCCAGUGUUGUGGCAGCAGCCAGGUCCUGAUAAAAUUAGCGAUACGAUUGUGCCAGAGCCUUCACUGGCAUCACCCAUCUCCGCUGAUACCGCAGAACCACCACAAUCACAAGCAAACAUCUUUGUUGAGCCGACAGAGUCACAUAACACACUGACAAGCACGACCGUCGGGACUACAGAUACACACACUACACAGACAAGCACAGACAUUCAGCCAAUGGAGACACUCAAGCUACAAACAAUCCCACACACUGAGAUCGAAGUACAACCUAUUGCGCAAACAACCACAUUUGUUGAACCUACAGAACAACCCAAAGCACAAACAGCAUCGUUUGUUGAGCUUACAGAACAACCCAAAGCACAAACAGAUCAUUUUGUUGAAAUCACAGAACAACCCCAAUCACAACCAACCCGAUUCGUUGAUCGCACAGAGCCACAUACGUCACAACUAAACAUCCACAAACAAAGCCGGAAGUCUGCACGAGAGCUCCCCGCCACCAGGGGACAGAACCGUGUCUUUAAAAACAAAGUCCAACACCCGUUCUUCGAUGCCGAUAACCGACCCAUAGACUGUGAAGUUGACGAGUGGUCAGCAUGGAGCAGAUGCAGUGUGACUUGUGGCUUUGGUCAAAGAACGAGGUCAAGGACGGCUCUCCGUUUUCCGCGGAAUGGCGGCGCUUACUGCCCUCCCCCUUGAAGAACCGGACCUGUGUAAACCAGCUAACUGCGAGUUUUCUCCCUUCAGUUUUUUUAACUCUCGGCCGAGAGUUAAAAAAUAAUUUUUUACUUUCAUUUUAUGGGACUUGUGUCAAUACUGUGAAAUAGAAGGUUCGGUGGUGUAUGGUUGGAACUAAUACGUUUGGCAGGUGCUUUGUACAUUCGGUUUUUUAUUACAGAAUGUGAUUUUCAGCUUAUAAGGUGUUCUUUAAUAUGAAGGUAAAAUAUGACGUCUAGUUGAUGAAUAAAGAAUUCUCAACUCGAGUUCUUCUAGUGAUUUUGGUGAUAAUCUUGUGGACAUUGAACUCGUUGAAGCAAAGAUUAGUGAACAUUGAAGCAAAGAUUAGUGGCAUUGAAGGGACGACUGGCCUCUAGCUAAUAUUUGUAAAUAGCAUUAAACACGAUACUGUUUUGGUGUAAAUAUACUUUAAACUAACCGCUACAAUUUGUAUUUUGUUUGAUCGAAGGAUUUUUUUUAAAGAUGUUUGACAGAAGUCUACUCUGAAAUACUUAACUCGCCAAGGAUUUUCUAUAAUGUGUCGUUUAAAUAUUAUCUAGCUUGUAGUGUUGCCGGGGGGGGGGAGCUGGGCGAGCCUCAGAGGCGUAUGCAGUGAGAUGGGAUAGAGCACCCCCUCCUCUAUUGUCCCCAAAUUUAAAAAAGGGUGUCAUAAAAUCAAAAGUUUACUUACUUAAUAUUAUUACAAAUUUUACUUACCCCCCCUCCCCUACCCUCAGCAAAGAGAAAAUCCUGCCUACGUCACUGAUGAACUUACGGAUGGUCAAUAACCCCUACCCCCAGGUGAGUGACGUCAUAUAUGGGGGCAGAGUUUC